AUGGCUGAUAAGCAAUAUGUGGACAGUCCUUUGGUCAAGGACUCCACUCCUUUGGCUGCCAAGAUGUUCGUUUUGAGGCCAUACGUUUUGCCGUUUGUUCCAUUAUAUGCGAGCUUCUUACAUAUCUACCUUACACAGUAUGACGUGUAUAUUAAGGGCCCCGAAUGGACAUUUGUAUACUUAGGUGCUCUUAUUUCGUUCAAUGUUUUAAUGGCGCUACUUCCAGAGUGGCAUAUCGAUAUCGCUGUAUGGUUUAAAUAUACUCCAGUUGCAUUGGAAAAUGCUACUCACAUGCUAAUUCACACUACUCCUAACAAUGGUGCGUCUGGUAUUGUCGAAAUUCAAAGAGCAACAGAAGGUGGUCAAUUACAAGUGUUUUUCCAAUUCCAAAAGAAGAGAUUCUUGUGGCACGAAGAUACUCAGGUAUUCUCAUCUCCAAAGUUCUUAAUUGAUGCUGAACCUAAAAUUGAAGAAUUCCAAAGCAGUAAAGGUUUAUCUGGCGAUUUAACCCACCAUAUUAGACUAUAUGGUCAAAAUUCUUUUGAUAUCCCAAUCCCAACUUUCAUGGAACUAUUCAAGGAACAUGCAGUGGCACCUUUCUUUGUUUUCCAAAUUUUCUGUGUUGCCCUAUGGUUAUUUGAUGACUUAUGGUACUAUUCCCUUUUCAAUUUGUUUAUGAUUUUGGCUAUGGAAGCAACCUCUGUGUUCCAACGUUUAUCUACAUUGAAGGAAUUUAGAACUAUGGGUAUCAAGCCAUACGCAAUUAAUGUGUUCAGAGACGGUAAAUGGACUGAAAUCCAAACCAACGAGUUGCUACCUAUGGAUCUAGUUUCUGUUACCAGAACCGCUGAAGAUAGUGCUAUACCUUGUGACAUGCUAUUGAUUGAUGGUUCCUGUAUUGUAAACGAAGCCAUGCUUUCAGGUGAAUCAACUCCAUUGUUAAAAGAAUCCAUUAAAUUACGCCCUGCACAUGAUAAACUACAGCUUGAUGGUGUUGACAAGAACGCUGUUUUACACGGUGGUACAAAAGCUCUACAAGUUACUUCUCCAGAAAAGAAUGCAAACGUUCCUUUACCUCCAGAUGGCGGUGCAUUGGCUGUUGUUACUAAGACUGGUUUCGAAACUUCUCAAGGUUCUUUAGUUCGUGUCAUGAUUUACUCUGCUGAACGUGUGGAUGUUGGUAAUAAGGAGGCUUUAUACUUUAUUCUCUUCCUAUUGGUAUUUGCUAUUGUUGCAUCUUGGUAUGUCUGGAAAGAAGGUACUAAGAUGGGAAGAAUUCAAUCGAAGUUGAUCUUGGAUUGUAUCUUGAUUAUUACCUCCGUUGUCCCUCCAGAAUUACCUAUGGAGUUGACAAUGGCAGUCAAUAGCUCGCUAGCCGCACUAUCAAAGUUCUAUGUGUACUGUACGGAACCCUUCAGAAUUCCAUAUGCUGGUAGAAUUGAUGUUUGCUGUUUUGACAAAACAGGUACAUUAACCGCAGAAGACUUGGUUUUUGAAGGUCUAGCUGGUCUUCAUGAUGGUUCGGACAUCCGUGCUCUAAAAUCUGCAGACGAAGCCCCUACUGAGGUUUUGUCUGCCAUUGGUGCUGCACAUGCUUUGGUUAAACUAGAUGACGGUGAAAUUGUUGGUGACCCAAUGGAAAAAGCUACAUUGAAAGCUGCUAAAUGGAAUGUUGAACAUAAGGAUGUUGUGAAGAGGAAAGGUUUAGAUGAUAUUCGUAUCUUGCGUCGUUUUCAAUUUUCUUCGGCGUUGAAGCGUUCUUCUUCAAUUGCAACUCAAGACCGUAAAUUAUUUGCUGCUGUAAAGGGUGCACCAGAAACUAUUCGUGAAAGAUUGGUUUCUAUUCCUGCUGAUUACGAUGAAAUAUACAAGUCCUUUACUCGUUCCGGUUCCCGUGUUCUUGCGCUAGCCCACAAGAAUUUGCCUGAUCUUUCUAAAUCUCAAAUCGAAAAUAUUGAUCGUGAUGAAAUUGAAACCGGUUUGAUCUUUAGUGCAUUCCUUGUUUUCCAUUGUCCUUUGAAAGACGAUGCUAUUGAAACUAUAAAAAUGUUGAAUGAAUCGUCUCAUCGUUCUAUCAUGAUCACCGGUGACAAUCCUUUGACAGCUGUGCAUGUUGCUAAAGAAGUUGGCAUUGUUGAUCGUGAGACUUUAAUUUUGGAUGAGCCUAUCGAUGGUUCUUCUCAUGCUUUAGUGAUGCGUAAUGUGGAUGAAACUAUCGUAAAACCAUUCAACCCUAAAUCUGAUACUUUCAGCGAACACGACAUCUUUGGAAAAUAUGAUUUAGCUGUUACUGGUCAUGCUUUGAAGCUUUUAGAAGGACACAAGGAAUUGAGGGAUGUUAUAAGACAUGCUUGGAUAUAUGCUCGUGUUUCUCCAGCACAAAAGGAAUUCAUUUUGAUUACGUUAAAAGACAUGGGUUACCAAACUUUAAUGUGCGGUGAUGGUACUAACGAUGUCGGUGCUCUAAAACAAGCCCAUGUUGGUAUUGCUUUGCUAAAUGGUACUGAAGAUGGUUUGAAAAAGAUUCAAGAACAAAGAAGAAUUGAUAACAUGAAGGCCAUUUAUGAGAAGCAGUGUACAUUCAUGCAAAAGUGGAACCAACCUUUACCACCUGUUCCUGAACCUAUUGCAGAAUUUUACCCACCUGGAUCCAAUAAUCCUCAUUAUUUGAAGGCUAUGGAAAAGAAGGGUAUCGAGAUUACUCCAGAAAUGCGUAAACUUGCCAUUGAAGUUUCAUUGAAACCUGCCAUUGUAACAUCUAGCGAACCAAGCAAAAAAUCAGCUUCCGAUCUUGCUGAAUUAAUGAUGAGUGGGUUAGGUGACAUGGAAGGAGAUGAAACACCUUCUUUGAAACUUGGUGAUGCUUCUUGUGCUGCUCCAUUCACAUCAAAAUUGUCUAACGUUAGCGCUGUCACAAAUAUUAUUCGUCAAGGUCGUUGUGCGUUAAUCAAUACUAUUCAAAUGUACAAGAUUCUUGCUUUGAAUUGUCUAAUCAGCGCCUACUCCCUCUCUGUUAUUUAUCUAGCAGGUGUCAAAUUUGGUGAUGGUCAAGCCACUGUUUCUGGGUUGUUGUUAUCUGUCUGUUUCCUAAGUAUCUCCCGUGGUAAGCCUUUAGAAAAAUUGUCCAAAGAAAGACCACAACCAGGUAUUUUCAACAUCUACAUCAUGGGUUCUAUUCUUGGCCAAUUUGCCGUCCACAUCAUGACAUUGGUUUAUAUCACUAGAGAGAUAUACAAGAUUGAACCUAGAGAACCUCAAGUGGAUCUUGAAAAAGAGUUCCUACCUUCUUUGUUGAACACCGGUAUCUUCAUGGUCCAAUUGGCUCAACAAGUUUCUACCUUUGUUGUUAACUAUCAAGGUGAACCUUUCAGAGAAAACAUCAGGAGCAAUAAGGGUAUGUACUAUGGUAUCAUUGGUGUUUCGGCAUUAGCUCUAUGUGGUUCCACAGAAUUCAUUCCUGAAUUAAACGCCGCCAUGAAGUUCGUCCCAAUGACCGAUGAUUUCAAGAUUAAAUUAACUGGGACAUUACUAUUGGACUUCUUUGGUUCAUGGGGUUUAGAGUUAUUCUUCAAGUUCUUCUUUAUGAAUAGCAAGCCUGCAGACAUCGCUCUACGUGAUUAA